AUGACGAUGUUGAAAGUUCUAAUUGCGAAUAUGAUCUACCCGUUUCGCAUUCGUACCUCCAACUUCGGCGUCCCGACGAAAUUGAUGAACCUGAGUAAACAGAAGCCUUACACCUUACAGAAGCCUUACACUUUACAGAAGCCUUACAUUUUACAGGAGCCUUACACCUUACAGGAGCCUUACACUUUACAGGAGCCUUACACUUUACAGGAGCCUUACACUUUACAGGAGCCUUACACUUUACAGAAGCCUUACACUUUACAGAAGCCUUACACUUUACAGAAGCCUUACACUUUACAGAAGCCUUACACUUUACAGAAGCCUUACACCUUACAGAAGCCUCGCACUUUACAUGUGCCUACAUCUACUCACAUCUCUGUUGUCGGCGGCAUCCCUCCAGCCAAGUCUGUAUAUGUCGGGCGCUAG